AAAACGCCUAGGCUCAGGCCACAAGAGUUGGUGGAAAGAGGGUCUUAUUCGAAGGCUGAGAGGCUCAGGCAGUCGUCAGCCCCAGAGCCUGGAGCACACCGACCCCAGAACUCCCAAGAUGAUACAGGAGAGCACCCAACAGGUCAGAGUUAGCCGGGAGAGCCCAGAACCCUGCUUGCCCCUGUGGUGUGUGGGGCAGUGUGCGUGAGUGGGUGUGAAACCAGGGGACGCGUUUGGCAGCUGAUCCACUUGGGGGCUGAGCUCUUUAGAGCGGCUAGUGUUUCCAAAGCCAUUCUCGCUGCCACCUCAGGCCUCAAAGAAGUCCAGCCCAAAGCUGGAGGAUGCUGGCAAGGUGAGGAGCCUGGAGCCAGACAUGCUGAAGAAGCUGGUGGACAACCUGGUGCCCGCCCAUCUGCACGGGUACCCAUUCUUUGUGCCUGCCUUCCUGGCCAUCUACAGGAGGUUCGCCACCCCGCGGCAGGUGCUGGAUCUGCUGUUCCUCAGGUACCCCUCCUUCCUUCCGAACUCUGAAGAGGACCAGCAGAACAAGAGGGCUCUGAGCUCCAUCCUGGAGACUUGGCUGCUCCACUACCCAGGAGACUUUUGCCAGUGCCCAGACACGGCCAACCUCAAGCAGCUCGUGGCCUAUGCACUCCUGAAUCUUACAGACUCGGACAUCAUCCGGCAUUUGUGCACACUCUCGGCUCAAUUCAGAGUCCGCUAAGAGAGAUCUCAUCUCAGAUGUGAGUAGGAGGCUGGGGUUAGUGACUGUGGGUGGUGGGAAUGCAGGAAAGGUCAUGCUGGUACCACUAGGAGGGGUUUCCAGAGGCUGCUGCUGGCCAGGAGCAAAGCAAGAGAAUGGGACCACCAAUGGAGCUGGACAAGAUAUGGGACGGCGUCUUGCUGUCUGGGUCAGUGCCUGGGGCUUCUCUGGCAGGAAGUGGCCUAUAUGCCUUGGGAAAGGCACAAAGAAGAGCGAUUCAGGAAUUUUCUGUCCUGUCCCUCUCCUGCCACUGCUAGAGCCACAACUGUUUCCACAGCAGCGCCCACUGGAAGGGACCAGGAUUGGAGCUAAGGGGGGAUGGGGUGAACAGAGCUGGACAGGCAGAAACUGGCCAGCCUGACCUGAAUCUCCCUCUCUCUCCUCUCUUAUGGCUGAUCAUCGGUCUGCAGGACAAUUCAGACCACCUCACCUUGCAGGACUCCAAUUGCACAUCUCCUUGCCUCACCUGGAAAUGUUGCCUUUUGGAUUUUUUCUGGUUUCAUGUAUCUGUAGUUAUUUUCUGUAAACAUUAAUAAAAUUUUAUUGUAACAUAAAAUAGAA